AUCUUCCUUGUGAUUCUACGCCUACUCAAUGCAGUUGUGUCAUUUCGAAAAACACUUGUAUAAUUUCGCCCUUAGGAGCUCUUUAAUUGAGCGUUGGAAUGGCCAAAUUGUUCCGUGCUCUAUAAUGAGCACUCUAUAUGCAAUCCUUCCUUUAACAAGUGUAUAUAAUGGACCAUCGCGCAUCAGUUCGCUUCAAAACAAGCCAAAACGUGUACCAAGACACAACUAUAGAAUUAAGACAAGAUUUAUGUGGCUUUUAUGUUCUGAAGACAAGGAGUGAAAUUGGCUUAAGUGGUUGUGAAGAAGUUGUGUAUAAUACUGAAUAACUGUUUAGCAUUGAGAAGUAAAAGCUUCCGAGUCGAAGGGAGUAUUUAAAGAACUGCGUAUCUACUGAAUAUAGCUUCCCGUACAAGUACACCGUUACAAUGGUUGAGAAUCCCGAAGCACUAUCGAUACUUAAACCGUCAUACGAGGCGAACCCCGCUAUCUCAGAAGCAGUCACGAACAUCCUUCAUAGUUCUGACCUCACCUCUCUCUCGGCUUUGGCUCAUCAAGGCGACUCGACUAGGGAGAAAGAACCUCGGGUGAAAAGACCUAUGAACGCGUUCAUGCUGUAUGCACAGGUAGCCCGUAGAAAGGUCGCGACGAAAUACCCGAACUUAAACUACGCCAAACUGAGUAAGACUCUGGGGAAAAUUUGGCAAGUGCUACCAGAAGAAGAGCGAAGACCUUUUAUACAAGAAGCGGAGCGGCUUCGAACUCAACAUAAAUUGAAACAUCCCGAUUAUAAGUACACGCCGAAACGUUUGAAAACCAAGAAACAUCAUGGCGCUUCGAUGAAGAAGGCGCGAUUUGAUAACUUGAAACCACAGGAACUUUUUAAUAUCAUUCAAGCAAAAUGCGACCCUACAACUCUAGUUCAGGGUGCAGUACACCACAACGGAUCCCCCAUUCACUACGAUGAACAAUUACCCAUGUACUAUGACUAUAAUAAUAAUUAUGACAAUUCCUUCUACAGUGGACUAACUUAUGAUUCAUUGAACCCAUCGACACCAUUGAACAACUACGAAUUCCAAGGACUUGACUAUCCGGGUAUUCCCACUAGGGGGUUCAAUGGACUCGAGUCUGAGAUGCUACACACUCCCAACAACGAGCUAAAGUGCUACUUUCCUGACUACAACGAGGGUCAGCUAUUAGGCACGUUCAAUAACCCUACUUCACCAAUGACCCCUAAACCAGACAACCUAAUCACGAACCAACCGCUGUCAGCGUUUCUGAACGCGAGACCGGAGACCUCAACAACGCUUACGCCUUUAACAAACACUUUCGGCGAGGGCUUAAGUUUUUCGAAGCUUAUAGACCCGAUUGAGAACCUCAGCAAUUAUCUCGAAGGGAAAUCCCACUUUCCUGACUAUGUAACAAUCUGAAUGUCUCUGAGACGGCUCGAAUGAACUUAAAUAUUUUUUCACUGGUUCUUCCACGAACUGAAGAAAGAGACAUCUUAUGUAGAAGAAUGUUCUACCUGAACUGAUUUGAAAAUUAUAAAACAUAGUUGAAAACUUUAAAAGUAUUAUUUAUACAGGUAAAAUAGAGAUUCUACUAAUACCGAAUAUGCAGGCAGUUUGGUUAUAUGUAGCAAUUAAGGUUUAAUUAAGAGUUUAGUAAUUUUAUUAAUUGAAUGAGAAUGUUUGUAGCUACGGUCUUAAUGAACAUUUAAUGAACAUAAUACCAGAUUUAUUCGUUGAAUGUGCAGGCACAUUCAUUGUACAAUAUUAAAUUUAAUUUAGUGUGAAAUUUGUACAUUUUUAUCUCUUAUACAUAUACAUAUAGAUACUUUAUGAUGCUGACACCGUAAUUUUUAGCUUAUUAAAUACCAUAUAUAGAAUAUAGGUUUACAAUGUCGCUAAUAUAAUGAUUGAAAUUUGCUACCAAAAAUAAAAUUUCAAAAACAGAUUUUUGUUAUCAUUGCCUUACAUGCUUGAAUAAUAGUAAUAAUAGUGAAUUAUUUUUACCCUUGGACUUGGGUUUGGUUUCCGAAUUUAUGCUGUCUCAUGGCGUAUAUAACAUAUUUGUUUAAACAAUUUUGGGGAAUCGUGUAUCGGAUCAUAUGACAAUAACAGACAAUGAACUAUAUAUAGAAAUCAUAAAGAACGAAUCAUAAACACUGCAUGAUUGGUUUUGUUUGAGAAAACCAACACAAAACGUCUUCGUAUAUUAGUCAUAUCAUAUACAAGGUUAUAUACUUUACUGUAAAAUUUAAGCCGGAAUUGUGAUAUUAUAUAGAGACAUUUAGAUUUCUCCGCGACAUCAAACCCCAAACCGCUGUGUGAAUCUAUUGAAUUGUAAAGGAAUUUUGGGUUUUUUUAAUGGUUUUAAAGACAUCUAGCUGUUAAAACAACCCUCUUCCCUAGAUAAUUUAUUAUUUUUAUAUGAGUACUAUGUCCAUGACUAAGCCUAUUACAGCAUCAUGAUCAAAAGAUUCAUAAUAUAUCAUGUAGGCCUAUCUCAUAGUCUAGAAGAUCUUACUAAUUGUUUUUUAUGCACGUAGCCUAUACCUAUUGUUUAUUUAUAUCUUUCUAUGUUAUCGAUUGGUUUUGCCCCACGUGGACAAUGAUAGUAUUAUUUUGAACAGUCCAUUAAUUGUCUCAAUCAGUUAACAUUAUAAAAAUAGGUUAAUAGCAGAGAACUGUAUAUAGCCUAGAUUAUAGGUACAUGAAUUUACUGUGUCCAGGAGUUGUGGUUUGUUAAUGCAUAUAUAGCUACAGCUUUCGUAGUUCAUAGAAAAAUCUUUUAAUAUAUAAUGUAUAUAGCCUCUGUUUGUGAAGUGAUGAGUAUGUGUGAAUUUGUAUAUGUUUUAGACAGUAGAUUGUGGUCAGCUUCAGAAAUAUUUACUAAUACUAAAUAUAGCCGUGGCAACUAUAGCAAAUUAAACCACAUCUCUUAAUUCUUUUUGUGGCCACCAAACGGCAAUACCAUCUUCUUUGCUAUAUAAUUUCAAGGACUUCAUGCAUUUAACUCCUAUUAAAGUUAUUUUGAACCAAAUUUAAUUACAGGUUGAGUUUUUUAAACCAAAAAUUUUGUUAUAUUACAAGAUGUAGUAGAAAUGACACAUAAGUUUAAAUAGUUUAGUUUAUCUCCUUCACAGCAUAACUGGACCAAGAAGAUAGCGUGGUCCUUACUGCAUGAACCCUUACAUAGGGAGAACAAUUUGGAACUGAUAGAGUGUUUUCUUCUAAGGUCCAUGGUAGCUGCAUGUUAAAGACUGUUAUGUAGUAUAAAUGGAGUUAUAGUUUAGGUUGGGUUUCCUCCUGUAGUAACACUGGAUGAAAAAAAAUAAAAAG